AUGAACAGAGCCUGCCGUGGCCAGGAUGAGAUGGAUAACUUGGACAGCCACUACCUUGUCUUUACCGCGUGGCCUGAGAAUUCAUCGAUGGAUGCUUGCCAAAGGCUGUGCAUGAGGACCGAGGUGUGCAAAGGCAUUGAGUUUCGUUUGGGCGCCUGCGAGAUUUGGACCCUUCCCGAUGGGAUCCAGGCUUCAGUCAGCGCACCAGGAAGAGCUUGCUUCCGAUACAGGCCCUUCAGGACACUGGACGGCUUCUCUGACCGGGUUUGUCGCGGGAGCGGGGUUAGCGACACCCAAAGCAGCUACUACAGCAUCUACUCCCCGGUGGAGGCUCCGAGCUUGGACUCUUGCAAGGCGCUCUGCAUGAGGAAACGGGGGAGCACUCCGAGCUGCAGAGGCAUCGAGUACCGAGGCUGGUGCGAGGUCUGGACAAGGCUGGAAGGAAUCGGAGCCGUUGCCGUUUCCCCCGGAUCCCAGUGCCUGCACUACUUGCCCUUCAUCAACAUUGAAGGUGGGAUCAACCGAGCCUGCCGUGGUUCGGAUCCACGGGAUACUUACAGCAGCUACUACAGUUUCUUCAGUGGCAGAACGGUGGAUGAAUGCAAGAUUCUCUGUACCACAACCGCCGGAUGCAAGGGUAUUGAAUUUCGCGACGGACGUUGUGAAGUGUGGACUCGGCGCGCUGGGAUCCAGGCCUCCACGUAUACGAAAGGCUCCUUGUGCAUGAGCUACGGUGGAUACGAUGCUUUCGAGGACAGUCAUGCCUUCACAGCUCUCAACGGAGGUUAUCCCUCGACAUGCCAUGCAGCUGCGUUGACUGCGUUCUCUGUUGGCGUGCAGCAGGUGUCAACACUGUACGGUUGCCAAUUGCGAUGUGUGUCCAUGCCGGGUUGUCGAGGAGUUGGCUUCGGUUCUGCAGGAUGCACAGUUUGGCUGGGAUCCGGAGAGCUUUCCGUAUCAGAUGGAGGAUCCGGCACCUGCCACAGCUUCUUGCCGUUUCGUGACGUGGACGGGGGCGAAGGCCGCGCUUGCCGGGGUGGAAGCCCAGAUGAUGUGCAGAGCUCGUACUACCUGCAGCGCUCUGCCGCAUCGUUGCAGGACUGCCAGGACCUCUGUGUGAGGCAGUCUGAGAGCGAUGUGACAAGCUGCAAAGGCGUCUCUUACGACUCGGUCUCCGGUACCUGCCUCGUGUGGACACUCGCAAUCGAGGCCACCGCGCCAGAGAGUCCAACGUCGGUCUGCCAGCGCUACGAGCCUUUCGUGGAGAUGGGCCGGGACCGGGCAUGCAGCGGCUCCAGCAGCGACUACAUGCAGUUGAGCUUCUCACAAGCUUCGAGCCUGGAUGCUUGCCGUGGCCAGUGUGUGGCUAAUGUCAGCUGCACAGGCAUCGAAUUCAGCCAGCAGCGCCUCCGAUGUCGACUUUGGCUGCGCAGGGUGCAGAGCACGCUGCCUGAGCCGGGCACAAUUUGCUUACGGUUGGCGGUGCAGCGGCUGGAAGAGGUCGCUGAGUCGGCGGACGCCUUCCAACCGGUGGAGGGCGGCAGCGGGCGUGCAUGCCGUGGGGCCGACAGCACCGACAGCAGCGCGGCGUACUACGACUAUUACCACCCUUCA